AUGGGGGUGCUGAUGUCCAAGCGCCAGACGGUGGAGCAGGUGCAGAAGGUCAGCCUGGCGGUCUCCGCCUUCAAGGACGGGCUGCGUGAACGGCCUGCUGCCAAGCGCAAGUCCGAAGUCGCAGUGAGCAGCCGGCGGGGGACCCUGGAGGACACGGUGCAAGAGCUGCGAGAGGAGGAGGGUGAAGGGGGGUCUUCGGCAGGCCCCACCCGGCAGGAGGACAGCAGGGCCCACAGAGCGGCCUGGGAGCGCUUGCGGGAUGGGCGCGGUGUGGAGCCCGAGGACUUCCACCGCGCCAGCUGCUUCACGCUGCCAGCCUUUGCCCGCCCCACUCCAGGGAAGCAGGACGACGAACCCAUCGAGAUCAGCUUGGAACAGCAGGAGCAGGUGACCAACGAUGAGAUGUGCGACGUCUGCGAGGUGUGGACAGCUGAGAGCCUCUUCCCGUGUCGCGUGUGCCCGCGGGUCUACCAUGAUGGCUGCCUGCGCCAAAUGGGCUUCCUGACCCAAGACAAAGCCGGCGAGCUCAUUGAGGCCGCCCACACCGAGAUUGGCUGGAGCUGCUACCGCUGUGACAACCUCAACCUUCUCCUCACUGAGAAAGAGAUGGGCGCUCUGGAAGAAUCUUUCAAUCACAGCAAGGUCAGCCCAGAGAGUCAGCUGAGCCUGGAGGACUUCCUGUGCUACAAGCGCCUGGCCAGCCAGCGGGAGGGCGCUCAGCCCCACACCGAGGAGCAGGAAGAGCGGGACACCCUGCAGUUUGCCGCGCUGGACCCUGAGAAGAAGGGGCACAUCGAGUGGGCAGAUUUCCUCUCCCACGAGUCCAUCCUGCUGCUCCAGAGAACCCGCACGCAGAACUCGCUGCUCCGCCUGCUGACGGGCAAGGAGCGAGAGCAGGCGCGAGCCGCCUUCCGGGCCUUGGACCAGCACGGGGACGGGCUGCUCAGCGAGGCGGAUUGCCGGCGUACCCAACACACAUGGUUCCACAAGCGGCACAAGGAGGCCACCUCCUGCAACGUCAGCAUCAGCCACGUGGGCCCCAUGUCGGAGAACAGCCCUGCCAGCAGCGGCAGCAGCAAAAGCCAGGAGAAGAUGCUGCUGAGCUCGGAGUCGGAGGAGCCGAGCCGAACUGUCGACUGGCCCAUCUUCCUGAGAGAGAACACCAUCUACAUCCUGGCUGCGCGGCCCAACAGUCCUGCUGUCCACCUCAAGCCAUUGGCCUAA